AUGGAAAAAGUGUUGCGAAAAAUAACCUUGGAUCGAUCAACGACAUCCGAUUUUACUCCAAAAUCUGUGGCUGGAUCAGAGAAAGCCCGACCUUACAAACAUGUUGCAAGUCACCAUCCUGUCUUUACACAGGUAAAUCAUGGCAAUAUGGCUGCUAAACUACAUCGCAAAGACAAUCCUGCUGAGCAUGAAACUUUUGAAAGGUCUCGGAGCGAUGUUUUACCAAUUUCAAAUUGCAGCGAAGAUGAACCUACCUUUCCACUAUCCGCAAAACUCGGAAGUAUAUAA